AAAAAAAAACAUGGUCGGAGGAGCAAAGCCGGUUGAGAAUGGAUCUGAUGGCGGUGGUGUGAGUAACAGUACGGCUCUGCUUCACGGACGUUACGAGCUAGGUCGUCUACUAGGUCACGGAACAUUCGCGAAGGUGUACCACGCUCGUAACGUCCAAACCGGAAAAAGCGUGGCGAUGAAGGUAGUCGGAAAAGAGAAAGUCGUAAAAGUUGGGAUGGUGGAACAGAUCAAAAGAGAGAUCUCAGUGAUGAGGAUGGUGAAACAUCCAAACAUAGUCGAGCUUCACGAAGUCAUGGCGAGCAAAUCAAAGAUCUAUUUCGCCAUGGAGCUAGUACGAGGCGGCGAGUUAUUCGCUAAAGUAGCUAAAGGAAGACUACGAGAAGACGUAGCUCGUGUUUAUUUCCAGCAGUUAAUCUCAGCCGUUGAUUUUUGUCACAGCCGUGGUGUUUAUCACAGAGAUCUGAAACCGGAGAAUCUUUUGUUGGACGAGGAAGGUAACCUUAAGGUGACUGAUUUUGGUCUCUCUGCUUUUACUGAGCAUUUGAAACAAGACGGGCUUCUUCAUACUACUUGUGGUACUCCUGCUUACGUUGCUCCUGAGGUUAUAUUGAAGAAAGGUUACGAUGGAGCUAAAGCUGAUCUGUGGUCUUGUGGUGUUAUACUGUUCGUGCUGCUUGCUGGGUAUUUACCUUUUCAAGAUGAUAAUCUUGUGAAUAUGUAUAGGAAGAUUUACAGAGGAGAUUUCAAAUGUCCUGGUUGGCUUUCUUCUGAUGCUAGACGUCUUGUGACUAAGCUUCUUGAUCCUAAUCCGAGUACGAGGAUUACUAUUGAGAAAGUUAUGGAUUCGGUUUGGUUCAAGAAGUCUGCGACGAGAUCAAGAAACGAACCUGUUGUUGUUGUUGCUGCUGCUACGGAAGGAGAAGAAGGAGGUGAGGAUGUUGAUAACUUGGUGCACAAGUCUAAGGAAGAGACAGAGACGUUGAAUGCGUUUCAUAUUAUUGCUUUAUCGGAAGGGUUUGAUUUGUCUCCCUUGUUUGAGGAGAAGAAGAAAGAGGAGAAGAGGGAGAUGAGGUUUGCUACAUCUAGGCCUGCGAGUAGUGUUAUUUCGAGUUUGGAAGAAGCGGCGAGAGUUGGGAAUAAGUUUGAUGUGAGGAAGAGUGAGAGUAGGGUGAGGAUUGAAGGGAAACAGAAUGGUCGGAAAGGGAAGUUGGCGGUUGAAGCUGAGAUAUUCGCGGUGGCUCCGUCUUUUGUUGUCGUGGAAGUGAAGAAAGAUCAUGGAGAUACUCUUGAGUACAACAACUUUUGCAGUACUGCUCUUAGACCAGCUCUCAAGGACAUCUUCUGGACUUCUACACCUGCUUGAGUUUGAAAUUUGUUGUGUUUUUUUUUUUUUUGUAAUUUCUCUUUGUGUAAUAUAUUUGUUGGAUUCUAGAUUCGAUUCGUGAUGAUUCUUGUUCUUGAUUCUUAAUGUGGGUAUCGUUUGAAUCGUGAAAAAAAAAAGUGUUUAGUCUU